UGAUAUGAUAACAAUGCAGGUUGAAUGAUACAAAAAAUCCAGGAGCUUAGAAUCCAUAAAUUCGGAGAGAAAAAACAGGAGAUAAACUAUUCAAAGACAUGUCCCAAGAUCACCAUCCACCUAUCAAUCAUCAUCCCACAAACCAAAAAACAUGCUACCAUUACCAUACUAGUUCUUUUGUGGUGGUCCACAACGGUAAAAUCUUAAAAGUUGUAUAAGAAAAGAAAGUUUUGCAGGCCUGCUAGCUGAAUUUUGUACCAAUAUCUCAAUUAUUCAUCAAGCAUGCAUUAUAUCAUCACCAACAUUUUUUCUUUGAUGCUAUAUCUCUAAUUUUAUAGAGUAAAAGUAUAGUAUAAGUGCUUCUUUGGUCCAUACCAUAUUUCAUGCUUAAGGCAAAUUAAAGUAGCCUUAAGCUUGUUCCUCUUAUAUAUUGCUUCUCAUAUUGGUCUAAUGGUCUUCGCCCUGUUCGUGGCUCGAAAAUGGGUUGUGUACGUGUGCGCGUGUUGGUGGUUGUGGUGAUUGUUGCGGUUUUUAGGGGUUUAUGUGAAUGCAAAUGUGACAUAAAGGGAAUAUUUAACUUUGGAGAUUCAAAUACUGAUACUGGAGGAUUUUAUGCUGCAUUUCCAUCUGAAAGAGGACCUUUUGGUAUGACUUUUUUCAAGAAACCUACUGGUAGAGCUACUGAUGGAAGAGUCAUUGUUGAUUUCUUAGCACAAGCUAUUGGGAUACCAUUUCUAAGCCCGUAUUUGAGGUCAAUUGGAUCCGAUUACAGACAUGGAGCAAAUUUUGCAACAUUAGCAUCUACUGUUAGACUGCCAAACACUUCCUUAUUUGUCACUGGAGUCAGUCCUUUUUCUCUGAGCAUUCAGCUCAACCAGUUAAAGGAGUUACAAUUCAGAGUUCUUGAAUUUUCUAACUCUACUUUUAAUUAUGUGCCAAAAUUGUCCACCCCUCUACCUUCUAUAGGCAUAUUUGAAAAGGCACUCUACACAUUCUACAUUGGCCAAAAUGACUUCACUGGAAAUUUACCAUAUAUUGGCAUCAUUGGAGUAAAGCAAUAUUUACCUCAAGUCAUUUUACAGAUUACUUCUGCCAUAAAGGAACUAUAUGGUAUAGGAGGAAGAACAUUUUGGGUGCUUAAUCUUGCACCAAUUGGUUGCUACCCCUCCUUCUUGGUGGAGCUUCCCCAUGAAAGCUCAGAUCUCGACGAAUUCGGCUGCAUGAUUUCUUACAAUAAUGCUGUUAAAGAUUACAAUAACAUGCUUAAGGAGGCAAUGCAACAAACCAGGGCACUUCUUCCUGAUGCUUCAAUUAUAUAUGUGGAUACUCAUUCUGUGUUACUUGACCUCUUUCAACAUCCUACAUCUUAUGGCCUAAAGUAUGGAACUAGAGCAUGUUGUGGAGAAGGAGGUGGACCAUAUAACUUCAAUCCUCAAGUAUAUUGUGGGAAUACUAAGCUCAUCAAUGGAACUACUUUAACAGCAACAGCCUGUGAAGAUCCUAACAUGUAUGUUAGUUGGGAUGGUAUACAUGCUACUGAAGUUGCCAAUAAGAUUGUCACUUUAGCCAUUCUUAAUGGCUCUUACUUUGAUCCUCCUUUCCCUCUUCAUCGCGUUUGUGAUCUCCAACCCAUCGGAUAAUUGAUUUGUUAGGGCAUGUUCGUUAUCGUUUUCUGUUUUGAUCAGUUUUCGGAUUUUCAAAAACUAAAACUAGUGCUCCAAUAUGUAAACUAAAAACUAGAAACUGACAUGAUAACGAACUGAAUACUAACUUAUUUGCAAUGAUUCCCUCCUAGAUCAAUAGUUGUAUUAGCUGUGUUUUAGUGAUUUUAGGACUAUUCAGUGUUUGCCAGAUAUAUGAUACAUUUGGUGCAUGCAUGAUAUAUGGCAUCCACUAGAAGUGUGUUAAUUAUGAUGAUCUUUCUGGUACAAA